UCAGAUCAGUUCAGAUAGUUGCACGUUGUGAUGCUUCUUUACGGAUAACCUUAUUUUCGCGAAAUUUUUCUCAUUUUCAUUGAUUUAACAAUGACGAAGAAAAAUUUGAAACGUAAAAGGACGGAAUGUGCAGAUAAAGCAAACGUACCGGAAAUAGAAACUUUGCCACCAAAGAGAAUGUCGGAUGAACCGUCUCCAAAAAAGGUAAAAUGGAUUAACAAGCAACGUGUGCUGGUUUUUGCUACUAGAGGAAUUAGCUAUAGACAUCGUCAUCUGAUGGAUGACAUAAAGACUCUCAUGCCUCAUCAUCGUCCUGAAUCAAAAAUGGAACGCACUACAAAUUUACAAGUUGUAAAUGAAAUGUGUCAAAUGAAAAAUUGUAAUAAAACAAUAUUAUUUGAAGGGAGAAGGAAAAGGGAUCUCUACUUGUGGUUUUCUAAUGUUUCUGAUGGACCAAGUGCAAAAUUUCUUAUAGAAAACAUUUAUACAAUGGGAGAGUUAAAAAUGACAGGAAAUUGUCUAAAAGGUUCCCGUCCUCUGCUGUCAUUUGAUGAAAAUUUUAACACAAAACCACAUUAUAGUCUUUUAAAAGAAUUACUUAUUCAAAUAUUUGGUGUCCCAAAUCAUCAUCCCAAAAGUCAACCAUUUUUUGACCAUGUGUAUACUUUUAGUGUUUUGGAUAAUAGAAUAUGGUUUAGGAAUUUUCAAAUUUUGACUGAAGAUGGUGGUUUGGCUGAAAUUGGUCCAAGAUUUGUAUUAAAUCCAAUUAAAAUAUUCGGUGGAAGUUUUGGAGGGGAAGUACUUUGGGAAAAUCCAACCUACAUUUCACCUACCAAGUUUCGUCAAUCUAUAAAUAAAAAAGCUGCUGGUAAAUAUGUAAACAAAGUAGAACAAAAGAUAGCCCAAGAAGUUAAUAAGCCAAAAGAAUCUUAUUCCUUGAAUCCUAUGGAUGAAAUAUUCAAAGGUGAUCCAUUGGAAAAAGCAAAAGAGAUAGAAGAAAAAGAAGUAAAAAUGAUAGAAACUAAUAAAAAUGAUAAAAAUAAAGUGAAAAAACGUGUGAAAAAACAAUUAGGGAAGAAGAUACAGAAAAUAAGUAUAAAGAAGAAAAUAAAAAAUUAA